AUGGAGUCAGGGAAGAAAUAUGUUCUGCGCAUCACUAGUGACGAGAGUGACCUCAACAACGCAACUUUUUUCCUCGGUGGCGGCCAGAACUUGCUCUUGAAGACACCUGCGGCCGCCACCGCUGAGCAGUCAAUCGUGGUGAAAAGCGGUCCCACCCCGUCAACUAUCAUCAUUGACAGCCCCACCGAGGAGACUUUGAUUCUCCAAGGUCCGGUUGGCAAGGGAGAGCAUCAGCUCAGAGCUUCCACAAAGGUGACGCCUUUCGGAAUUGGCAGCGCGAUUUGCCAUAACUCUUGGGAGGUCGUGGAAGACGCAUCCACUCACAGACUGUUGCUGCGCUACAAGAACGAGAACUUUGGAAACAGAAGCUGGGUGGCUGUUCCUCCUAGGGGACCAGAAGAAAAUACGUGGGCGGUUUGGUGGUACGAACCGUUACCGUUCAACGCAAGAGAUUUGCCGGGCGCCGUGGCGGUUGAUAUCGAAGUUGUCCCUGUUUGA